AUGUGGUCCAAAGGGCCAUUCAAGUCUCGACGGAACCCCACAUCAAGCCCGUCUCCGUCUCCUCCGGGGUCGCGGGAUAAACACAAGGGUCUACCUCCUUUGCCAAGUGACUCGGGCGCUGUCAACAAACAAGUCCCAUCACAUGACAUGAAAAAGAGAUAUUCAGACGUCUCUUCUAUGGGAUCGCCGGAUCCCGGUCAAUGGCAUGGUAGCCAGAGUAGCUUUUGCGUAUCGCCACUGGAGGAAGGACAACCUUUUCCUCCUGCGCAAAAGGAAUAUCGGGUGUCUUCUGCACCAUCUCCAAUUCCCAUGGCCGAUAAAACAUACACUGCCUCGCAAUCUACACUGCAGCCUGUCCAGCCCAAACUCACUCGCUUCGCUCCUGAGCGACCAGAGGAUUUCCCAAAUUUCGCGCCUGGGCCACCCUCAACUAUAGCAGGCAAAACACGCGCCACCUCAUCCCAUAAACCAUCUGGAUCACAUACAUCCAACCUACUCACUUGGGGUCGCGAGCAGCUCCGCCCCAUCAAAAGGCUCAACGAGACGCGAACCCGGAUGAGCAGUUUCUCAAAGAGCGAGGAACCCUCUCCAGAACUCAGAGCCAGAUCGUCGUCACGUGCGUUGUCAAAGGAAGUGUUGUCAAAGGAAGCACAUUCCAACCGGGCCACAGAGCCGAGUGCUCAGAUAGGAAACUUGGGUUUCGUCCCAUCAACAGUCACGACCAUCAGUGCAGGUGGCCCGGCUUACGUGCCCACAAGACCAGCAACAGACCACGCCCCCAGUCACCCACGACCAGACCCGCCAACCUUCAAAUUCGACGACGACGACAGGAUCGCCAGCAUGAUGCUGCCAAGCAAUGAACCGGCUUCUCGCUUCAGCGGGACCACUGACACGACCACUGACUCCGGUGGUCAGAAUGCAAGCCCGCGCGUAAGCUUCCAGCUUGACACUCGGUCCACAGAUGACCUAUUGUCUGCUUCUUCUAUCAUGUCCCGACGUCGCCCGGUUCCCAACGGCAUACCGAUCUCUAAGAAGUCACCGGUUGCAAUUGCCAAGAAGCCGGUUCGCAAGCCUACCCCGUCCCAGGUAGCGCAGAUGCCUGCGGAGAAUCAGACGCCUCCUCCCCCGCCCGAGGGACCCAAGGAUGCGCAGGGCCGUAUUGAGGCUUUGGAAGCCAAGCGGAAUGAGCUUGCCCAGCGCAGAUUUACCUUGCAGACUGUUGUUGAUGAGUUAGGCAAGGUCAUUCAGCCUACCUCUAUUGCUUAUGACCUGGCCGCCAAAGCUGAGGUCAAGAAGAGUCUUCAGAGUAUUGGGAGUGAGAUCGAUGAGAUAAAGAAGGAAGAGCAUGAUCUUGGAAUGAAGAUUGCUCGUGCAUGGCGCCGAUUCGAUGAGAAGGAGAAUAAUGGUGAUGGUAAUAGUCUCUGGGUCAAGCGUGUCACUAGUUAG